AUGCGCCUUUCUCAGCCCACAGCCGGCCUGGUGACUCGACCCCAACCAGGAGGCGGAGCCCUGUACGAGUUCCGCACCUACCAAAUCCAUCCGGACCGAAACUCUGCCUUCCUGAAGCUGACCGAUGAGAAAAUUCACCUGAGGACCGCCCACUCGGAGCUUGUCGGCUACUGGCGCGUGGAGUACGGCGCCCUCAAUCAGGUCUUCCACAUUUGGAAGUACGAGUCGUAUGCCCACCGCACGGCUGUGCGCUCGGCGCUAGCGCAAGACGAACGCUGGAUGAACGAGUACAUCGUACACGCCAUGCCCAUGCUCGCGCGGCAAGACAACCGCGUCGUCGCCCUGUUGCCGUGGAGUAGCAUCAGCGCCCCCCCACGGCUCGGAGGCAUCUUUGAGCUGACGUCCUUCAGGACGCGUCCGGGCACGGGCCACGCUUGGGCCGCGUCUUUCCAGAAUAGCGACGAGCCAGGACGCCCUCGCUUGGUGGCCGCCUUCCGCGGAGACGUGGGCCAUCCGGACACAGUUUAUGCCCUGCGCUGGUUCGAGAGCGCCGACGAGCGAGGCCUAACCCCGAGCGAUGCCGACGCGUCUGGCCCGGUGGAAUCUCGCCGGAACAAACUGAUGUUCCCCUGCUCCUUCUCGCCGCUCAAGUGA